AUGAACGAGAAAGAAGUUGAACCCCAGACCUACCCGGAGAAGGCUCCUGGUCCCUUGGAGGAGGGUGCCCCACACGACCUCCCGCCGUUGGAGGACAAAAGUAAAGGUCGAUGGGAACGCAGUUGGCCUACCAUCGCCUGUGGUGCUGGUCUCUUCUCCGAUGGUUAUCUGAAUGGUGUCAUUGGUCAAGUGAAUACCAUGCUCAGCAAAAUUUACCAGACAGCCUACGAUAACUCUAGCGCCAGUCAAAAUGUCUCGUCGAUCGCGUUCGCCGGCACAGUCGUGGGUAUGCUGAUCUUCGGUUACACGAGUGACCAUUGGUCGCGAAAGUGGUCCCUAAUGAUCUCAACCAUCAUUCUGUUUGUCUUUGCUGCUUUGGCAGCUGGUUCCUAUGGCUAUAAAGAUAGCGACUAUGGUCUGUUCGCUGCCCUGACUGCAUACCGAUUCUUCAUGGGUAUUGGUAUCGGUGGUGAAUACCCUGCUGGCUCGGUGGCUUGUGCUGAGAACACGGGCGAACUCAAGGAGGGCCACCGUAAUCGCUGGUUCAUCAUGUUUACCAACUUCCAAAUUGAUUUCGCAUAUGUGCUCUCGGCCUUUAUCCCCAUGAUUCUGUGCUUGAUCUGUGGUGAAGGUCACUAUCGGGCUGCUUGGCGUAUCUGUCUCGGCCUGGGAGUCAUUCCUCCAUUGAGUCUGUUUUAUCUCCGAUACAAGAUGAAUGAACCGGAGGAAUUCAACCGUCAGCGCAUGCACAAAUUCCCAAUUACCUUAAUUAUCAGGUUCUACUGGAAACGCCUGUUUGUGGUCUCUCUGAUCUGGUUCAUCUAUGACUUCUCGUCAUACUCCUUCAGCCUGUACUCUUCCAAGUGGCUUGAUUGGUUUGGCCCCAAGAAGACCUUGGCUAUCGGAGUUGGCGUUCAGGGUGUCGUGGGCUUCAUUAUGUCCGGAUGCUACAAGUGGCUUGCCACCACAGAAUACAUAGGUGCAUUUAUUGUGGUUUACGGUGUUUUCCUUGCACUGGGUGAGUUUGGUCCCGGUGACAACAUUGGUCUGGUUGCAGCCAAGACCAGCGCCACCGCUAUCCGUGGACAGUACUACUCGUAUGCUGCUGCCAUGGGCAAGAUUGGUGCCUUUGUCGGCACCUACGUUCUUCCCAUUGCCAAGAAAAACGCGCCCAACCCGGUUCGGGCUGGCCAAGACCCUUUCUUCAUUUCUAGUUCUCUGUGCAUUUUCAGUGCUUUCCUGGCGUGGUACCUCCUGCCUCAGAUCAACCAGGACACAAUCACUCACGAGGAUGAGCGAUUCCGCGAAUUCCUGGCGGAGAAUGGAUACGACACCUCGACCCUCGGCAAGUAG